GUAUCAGUUGUAUGGUGCAUUUAUAAAUAUCUAAUAUCUCAACCUUACAAACUUCACAGCCCUCUUCAGUUUUCCUUCUUCUUCUCUUCUUUUUCUCUUCUCUAAUUCCCCCCACAAACAAUGGUUUCCAAGUUAAAGAGACCCUGCAACUUGAUUGAGCCAGCUGCCCAUAAGCUGGGCAUCGGUGAUAAAACUAGCCAUAGCAGCUCAGUGGCUGUUGGGUUGGGAAUCCUUGUACAGAUCUCACAAAGAAAUAAGUCAAAUAUCAUUGAGAAAUCUGCUUUAAGACUGAGCCAAUCCACAACCUGCAGCUCCCUUGAGAAAUUCUCUUGCUUUCUUAAAACAUGUCAUUUAUGCAACAAGGGAUUAAGCCUUGAUGAAGAGGUCUACAUGUACAGAGGUGAUCUAGGUUUUUGCAGUAUAGAGUGCAGGAACAGGCAGAUUGUUAUUGAUGACAGGAGAGAAUUAGAGGCUUCUACCAAGCAAAUGCUAAAAUCUUAUAGGCGUGACCUUUAUCGUUGCAACACCCCUAAGAGUAGUAAUACUAACACUAGUAGACGUGGCGCGGCCUCUCACAACACUAAUGUCUUCGAAGAUGUACAUCUACAACAAGAGAAAACCACACAUCACAGAAAGAUAUUUGCACUUUAGCCCUAUAUAUAGUUUAAUUUUUUUUUUUUAAUUUUGAUCUUUCUUGUUCUUGUUAAUUAACACUGCAAAGCUGCAAAGCAGGAGAAAAAUUAAUGGAACGAGUCGUUAACUGAAUUGUUUGUAGUUAAAGAUAGAUAAUAAUUUUGCAACCGAAAAAAAAGGAAAGUAAAGACGAAUUACUAUUACAAUUAUCAUGAGAUUAAUUUUGAUUUGUAUCCCUUUCUGUUUUGAGAUAAAUAUCACUUCGCUUUCUUGCCUUA